CUCUGACCAGGGUGGGGCGUGACGUCACGGGGAAACAUGGCGGCCGCAUUGGGAGUCUCCUUGAGCCGCGGGCACCUCCUGGGAGUCGUUCUGCAGCCAGGGAUCCGGGUGCAGGCCUGCCGGGGGGCCCAGACUGCAGCCACUGCAGCUCCCCGCCUCAAGAAAUUUGCCAUCUACAGAUGGGACCCAGACAAGACUGGAGACAAGCCCCGAAUGCAGACAUAUGAAGUUGAUCUGAAUAAAUGUGGCCCAAUGGUGUUAGAUGCCUUGAUCAAGAUUAAAAAUGAGGUGGACGCUACACUAACCUUCCGGAGAUCAUGCCGGGAAGGCAUCUGUGGUUCCUGUGCAAUGAAUAUCAAUGGAGGCAACACACUGGCUUGCACCAGAAGGAUUGACACCAACCUCAACAAAGUCUCUAAAAUCUACCCUCUUCCCCACAUGUAUGUGAUGAAGGAUCUCGUUCCGGAUUUGAAUAACUUCUAUGCUCAGUACAAAUCUAUUCAGCCUUAUUUGAAGAAGAAGGAUGAAUCCCAAGAGGGCAAGGCGCAGUACUUACAGUCCAUGGAAGAUCGAGAAAAACUGGAUGGACUCUACGAGUGCAUUCUCUGUGCCUGUUGCAGCACCAGCUGCCCUAGUUACUGGUGGAAUGGAGACAAAUAUCUGGGGCCCGCAGUCCUCAUGCAGGCCUAUCGCUGGAUGAUUGACUCCAGAGAUGACUUCACAGAGGAGCGACUAGCACAGCUCCAAGACCCCUUCUCUCUGUACCGAUGUCACACCAUCAUGAACUGCACCAGGACCUGCCCUAAGGGACUGAAUCCAGGAAAAGCAAUAGCUGAAAUCAAGAAGAUGAUGGCAACCUACAAAGAGAAGAAAUCAAUUGCUUAGCUAAUUCCAAGACUUGUCAUGAACUUAAUUUAUAUAUGAUCUGACUUGAGGGUCCUCUUUUUCCAUGAAUAUUGCAUGUCCAAGGACAACUGCAAGUUAAAUAAAGAAUGUACUGCUUUAUUAACAAAA